CCCCGCCCCUCUUCUCCCACCACAAUGAGAUCUAAGAUGGCGGUGGCUGCGGCGGUUGGCGCCGAGUAGCUGAGGUGGAGAAGGCGGCCAUUGGGCCCUAGGCAGCCGGGGAACUUGUGGGCGCUCCUUGCUGCGGUCUCUAAGGUGGCGGGUCGUGGGGCCUGACCGCUACUCUACCUUCGGCAGGAGCGGCGGCUUCGUUUACAGGCAACAGCUUUGAAGCCUGAAGCAGGGAAGGAGCCAUUUCUGAAGUAGUUUAAAACUAGUUUUUAAACAGGUACUUGACCAUCUUAAGCACAGAGAAGAAAUUGAGAAGUUCCUCAAAUGAAACUGACUAAACAACACCUAAAACUAAAUACUUACUCAUUUUCUUCUCAGUUUCCAUUAAAAGUGCUUAAUACACUUGGACACUGUAUGAAGACUUUCAAAACCGUGUACCAGAUAAAGUUAUCUUCCCAUCUCUUUCACUCAGUCUUUCUCCAUCCUGCGCAGUUCCACAUCCAGUGCAAAGCCACAGUCCUCCACGAGGUUAUGUAGAAAUCUCAUUUCUGCUGAUCAUCUCUGCUUCUGAAUGUCUGUUUCUACCAUUCCUCUUUCUGUUUCUCAUCUCUUUGACCCAGAAAAUUAAUUGGUAAAACUAGGAUGGCCACAGGAGGAGGUCCUUUUGAAGAAGGCAUAAAUGAUCAGGAUUUACCAAACUGGAGCAAUGAGGGUGUUGAUGACCGACUCAACAAUAUGGAUUGGGGUGGCCAACAGAAGAAAGCAAAUAAAUCAUCAGAAAAGAAUAAGAAAAAGUUUGGUGUAGAAAGUGAUAAAAGGGUAACUAAUGAUAUUUCUCCGGAGUCAUCACCAGGAGUGGGAAGGCGAAGAACAAAGACUCCACAUUCGUUUCCACAUAGUAGAUAUGUGACUCAGAUGUCUGUCCCAGAGCAGGCCGAACUAGAGAAACUUAAACAGCGGAUAAACUUCAGUGAUUUAGAUCAGAGAAGCAUUGGAAGCGAUUCUCAAGGGAGAGCAACAGCUGCUAACAACAAACGUCAGCUUAGUGAGAACCGAAAGCCCUUCAACUUUUUACCUAUGCAGAUUAAUACUAACAAGAGCAAAGAUGCUGCUAUAAGUCCUCCAAAGAGAGAAAUGAUUGGGUCAACACAAUGUAAAGAGUUGUUUGCUUCCGCUUUAAGUAAUGAUCUUUUGCAAAACUGUCAAGUCUCUGAAGAAGAUGGAAGAGGAGAGCCUGCAAUGGAGAGCAGCCAGAUUGUAAGCAGGCUCGUUCAGAUUCGUGAUUAUAUUACUAAAGCUAGUUCCAUGCGGGAAGAUCUUGUAGAGAAAAAUGAAAGAUCUGCUAAUGUUGAGCGCCUUACUCAUCUAAUAGAUCACCUUAAAGAACAAGAAAAGUCAUAUAUGAAAUUUCUUCAAAAAAUCCUUGCUAGAGAAAAUGAGGAGGAGGAUGUUCGGACUAUAGAUUCAGCUGUGGGAUCUGGUUCUGUAGCUGAGAGCACAUCGCUAAACAUAGAUGUGCAGUCUGAGGCUUCAGAUACCACGGAGGAAUCUUUUAGUCUGAGAAUUCGGCCGUGCAUUGAGGACAAACUAGGGAAUUCAGCUUCACAAGAACAGGUUUCAGACAUUGACGUUACCACAAGUCCAAAAGGGAAAGGUGACAGACCUCCUCAGAGUGACAGGGAACUGAGGCCUGAUAGGAAAUAUAACCGAAAACGUGGAUUUCCCUCAAAGGCCAGAGAUCCUCAGCAGGAGCCUAUGGAAGAGAUAGAAAAUUUGAAGAAACAGCAUGACUUAUUAAAAAGGAUGUUACAACAGCAGGAGCAACUGAGAGCUCUGCAGGGAAGACAGGCUGCUCUUCUUGCUCUGCAGCACAAAGCAGAGCAAGCUAUUGCUGUGAUGGAUGAUUCUGAAAAGGUUGCAGGGACAACACCUGGCCAUCAUACUGUACCGGGCAGCCAGCCAGCUCGCUCUCCUUUUCAUCAGAGAGUACCCUUAAGAGUUGUAACAGAAACUACAGGUAGCGUAUCUGGAGUUAGUAUCACCUCUGAACUAAAUGAAGAAUUGAAUGAUUUAAUUCAGCGUUUUCAUAAUCAGCUUCGUGAUUCUCAGCCUCCAACUGUUCCAGACAAUAGAAGACAAGCAGAAAGUCUUUCAUUAACUAGGGAGGUAUCCCAGAGCAGGAAUCCAUCAGUUUCAGAACACUUACCUGAUGAGAAAGUACAACUGUUUAGCAAAAUGAGAGUAUUACAGGAAAAGAAACAAAAAAUGGACAAACUACUUGGAGAACUUCAUACACUUCGAGAUCAACAUCUGAACAAUUCAUCAUUUGUGCCUUCUUCAGCUUCUCCACAAAGAAGUGUGGAUCAGAGAAGUACAACUUCAGCACCCUCUGCUCCUAUAGGCUUAGCACCAGUUGUCAAUGGAGAAUCCAACAGCUUCACAUCAUCUGUUCCUUAUCCUGUUGCUUCUCUAGUUUCUCAGAAUGAGAGUGAAAACGAAGGACAUCUAAAUCCAACUGAAAAACUCCAGAAGUUAAAUGAAGUUCGAAAGAGAUUGAAUGAACUAAGAGAACUAGUUCAUUAUUACGAACAAACAUCAGAUAUGAUGACAGAUGCUGUAAAUGAAAACACAAAAGAUGAAGAAACUGAAGAGUCAGAAUAUGAUUCUGAACAUGAAAACCCUGAACCUGUUACUAACAUUCGAAAUCCUCAAGUAGCUGCCACUUGGAAUGAAGUAAAUAGUAAUUCUAAUGCACAGUGUGUUUCUAAUAAUAGAGAGGGGAGAUCAGUUAAUUCUAAUUGUGAAAUUAACAACAGAUCUGCUGCCAACAUAAGGACUCUGAACAUGCCUCCUUCUUUAGCAGAUUGUCACUAUAAUAGAGAAGGAGAACAGGGGAUUCAUGGUGCACAAGGUGAAGACGAUGAGGAAGAAGAAGAAGCAGAAGAUGAAGGAGUCAGUGGGGCUUCAUUAACUAGUCAUAGGAGCAGUCUGGUUGAUGAGGCUGCAGAAGACGCUGAAUUUGAACAGAAGAUCAAUAGACUUAUGGCUGCCAAACAGAAAUUAAGACAGUUACAAGAUCUUGUUGCUAUGGUACAGGAUGAUGAUGCAGCAGAUCAUGGAGUUAUCUCUGCCAAUACUUCAAAUUUGGAUGAUUUUUACCCAGCAGAAGAAGACAACAAACAAAGUGCAAAUAAUACUAGAGGAAAUGCCAAUAAAACACAGAAAGAUGCUGGAAUAAAUGAGAAGGCAAGAGAGAAGUUUUAUGAGGCUAAACUACAGCAGCAACAGAGAGAGCUCAGACAAUUGCAGGAAGAAAGAAAGAAACUGAUUGAGAUUCAAGAGAAAAUUCAAGCAUUACAGAAGGCAUGCCCUGACUUACAGCUGUCAGCCACUAGUGCGGGUAAUUGUCCCACAAAAAAAUAUAUCCCAGCUGUUACUUCAACCCCAGUUGUUAAUGGGAAUGAAACCAGUACAAGCAAAUCUGCUUUUGAGCCUGCAGAUCCUUCAGGAGUGGAUAAUGAGCUGUGGUCAGAAAUGCGAAGACAUGAGAUGUUAAGGGAAGAGCUACGGCAGAGAAGAAAGCAGCUUGAAGCACUGAUGGCUGAACAUCAGAGGAGGCAAGGUCUAGCUGAAACUACAUCCCCUCUGGCUGUGUCAUUGAGAAGUGAUGGAUCUGAGAACCUGUGUACGCCUCAACAGAGUAGAACAGAAAAAACCAUGGCAACAUGGGGAGGUUCUACCCAGUGUGCACUAGAUGAAGAAGGAGAUGAAGAUGGUUACCUUUCUGAAGGAGUUGUUCGGACAGAUGAAGAGGAGGAAGAAGAAGAGCAAGAUGCAAGUUCGAAUGAUAACUUUUCUAUGUAUCCUCCUAACAGUGCGAAUCAUAACUCUUACAACAUAAAAGAAACUAAGAAUAGGUGGAAGAAUAGUCGCCCUUUUACAGCAGAUGGAAAUUAUCGUCCUUUAGCCAAGACAAGACAGCAGAAUAUCAGCAUGCAACGUCAGGAAAACCUUCGUUGGAUGUCCGAACUCUCUUACGUAGAGGAGAAAGAACAAUGGCAAGAACAAAUUAAUCAGCUGAAGAAACAACUUGAUUUCAGUGUCAAUAUUUGUCAGACUUUGAUGCAAGACCAGCAGACGCUGUCUUGUCUGCUGCAAACUCUUCUCACAGGUCCUUACAGUGUUAUGCCCAGCAAUGUAGCUUCUCCUCAAGUACACCUUAUAAUGCACCAGUUGAAUCAGUGCUAUACUCAGCUAACAUGGCAACAGAAUAAUGUGCAAAGGUUGAAACAAAUGCUAAAUGAACUUAUGCGCCAACAGAAUCAGCACCCAGAAAAACCUGGAAGCCAGGAAAGAGGCAGUAGUGCACCACAGCCUUCUUCUCCCAGUUUAUUUUGUCCUUUCAGCUUUCCAUCACAGCCUGUAAAUCUAUUUAACCUACCCGGGUUUACUAAUUUUUCAUCAUUUGCACCAGGUAUGAAUUUUAGCCCUUUAUUUCCUUCUAAUUUUGGAGAAUUUUCUCAGAAUAUUUCUACACCUACUGAACAGCAGCAACCAUUAGCCCAGAAUUCUUCAGGGAAAACAGAAUAUAUGGCUUUUCCAAAACCUUUUGAAAGCAGUUCUUCUAUUGGAGCAGAAAAACAAAGGAAUCAAAAACAGCCUGGAGAGGAGGUGGAAAACAGUAGGACAGCGUGGUUAUAUGACCAAGAAGGUGAAGUAGAAAAACCAUUUAUCAAGACUGGAUUUCCAGUGUCUGUAGAGAAAACUACAAAUAGUAAUCGCAAAAAUCAAUUAGAUACCGGCCGAAGAAGACGCCAGUUUGAUGAAGAGUCAUUAGAAAGCUUUAGCAGUAUGCCUGAUCCAGUAGAUCCGACAACAGUAACCAAAACAUUCAAGACGAGAAAAGCAUCUGCACAGGCCAGCCUAGCAUCUAAAGAUAAAACUCCUAAAUCAAAGAGUAAGAAAAGGCAUUCUGCUCAACUAAAAAGCAGAGUUAAAAAUACUGGGUAUGAAAGUGCCAGUGUGUCUAGCACAUGUGAACCUUGCAAAAGUAGGAACAGACAUUCAGCCCAGACUGAAGAGCCUGUUCAAGCAAAAGUAUUCAGCAGAAAGAAUCUUGAGCAGCUGGAAAAAAUAAUAAAAUAUAGUAGGUCUACAGAGAUAUCUUCAGCACAUGCUAGGAGAAUACUACAGCAGUCUAACAGAAAUGCAUGCAAUGAAGCACCAGAAACUGGGAGUGAUUUUUCCAUGUUUGAAGCUUUGCGGGAUACUAUUUAUUCUGAAGUAGCUACAUUAAUUUCUCAAAAUGAAUCUCAUCCACAUUUUCUUAUUGAACUCUUCCAUGAACUUCAGCUACUUAAUACAGACUACUUGAGACAAAGGGCUUUAUAUGCAUUGCAGGACAUAGUAACCAGACAUAUUUCUGAGAACCAUGAAAAAGAAGGAGAAAAUGUAAAGUCAGUGAAUUCUGGUACUUGGAUAGCAUCAAACUCAGAGCUUACCCCCAGUGAAAGCCUUGCUACCACUGAUGAUGAAACUUUUGAGAAGAACUUUGAGAGAGAAACACAUAAAAUAAGUGAGCAAAAUGAUGCUGAUAAUGCUAGCGUCAUGUCUGUAUCUUCAAAUUUUGAGCCUUUUGCAACAGAUGAUCUAGGUAACACUGUGAUUCACUUAGAUCAGGCAUUAGCCAGAAUGAGGGAAUACGAGCGUAUGAAGACUGAGGCUGAAAGUAGCACAAAUAUAAGAUGCACCUGCAGAAUUCUUGAGGAUGAGGAUGGUGCUGCCGCCACAAGUAUGGUUACUAAUUUAGAAGAAACUCCUAUUGAAAAUCAUGGUUCACAACAACCUGUAAGUGAAGUUUCUACUGUUCCAUGUCCUAGAAUUGAUACUCAGCAGCUGGACCGGCAAAUUAAAGCCAUUAUGAAAGAAGUCAUUCCUUUUUUGAAGAUCCUCAGAUGGAUAGAAUCGCUGAUUUACAUACUGGUCAUUGGGAGGAAAAAAACAAGACUUUCAGAAUUUCCUCAGAUUUUGGAGCACAUGGAUGAAGUAUGCUCUUCUCAACUUCUAACUUCAGUAAGGCGUAUGGUUUUGACCCUCACCCAACAAAAUGAUGAGAGCAAAGAAUUUGUGAAGUUCUUUCAUAAACAACUUGGAAGUAUAUUACAGGAUUCACUGGCAAAAUUUGCUGGCAGAAAACUGAAAGACUGUGGAGAAGAUCUUCUUGUAGAGAUAUCUGAAGUGUUGUUUAAUGAAUUGGCUUUCUUUAAGCUCAUGCAAGAUUUGGAUAAUAAUAGUAUAACUGUUAAACAGAAGUGCAAAAGGAAAAUAGAAGCAGCUGGAGUGAUACAGUCUUAUGCCAAAGAGGCCAAAAGGAUUCUUGAAGGAGAUCAUGGCUCACCUGCUGGAGAAAUUGAUGAUGAAGACAAAGACAAGGAUGAAACUGAAACAGUUAAGCCGACUCAGACAUCUGAGAUAUAUGAUGGUGAUGGUCCCAAAAAUGUGAGAUCAGAUGUUUCUGAUCAAGAGGAAGAUGAAGAAAGUGAAGAAUGUCCGGUGUCUAUUAACUUGUCCAAAGCUGAAACUCAGGCUUUGACUAAUUAUGGAAGUGGAGAAGAUGAGAAUGAGGAUGAAGAAAUAGAAGAAUUUGAAGAGGGACCUGUGGAUGUCCAGACGUCACUUCAGGCUAACACUGAAGCUACAGAAGAAACUGAACACGAUGAUCAGGUACUACAACAUGACUUUGAAAAAUCAGGAGAAAGCAAAAAUGUCCCAUCAGAACAAGAUCCCACUACUAGUAAAGGCAAGAAAUAUGACCAAGAUAGUACUCCUGUGAAACCCUGUUACCUCAAUAUCUUGGAAAAUGAGCAGCCUUUGAAUAGCGCUGUCCAAAAAGACUCUCUGACUACCAUCGAUUCAUCUAAACAGCCUAACCCUUUGCCUUUACCUUUACCUGAAAUCGAAACCUUGGUGCCUACAGUCAAAGAAGUUAAAUCUGCUCAAGAAACUCCUGAAAGCUCUCUGGCUGGAAGUCCUGAUACUGAAUCUCCAGUGUUAGUGAAUGACUAUGAAGCAGAAUCUGGUAACAUAAGUCAAAAAUCUGAUGAAGAAGACUUUGUGAAAGUUGAAGAUUUACCACUUAAACUGACAAUAUACUCAGAGGCAGAUCUAAGGAAGAAAAUGGUAGAAGAGCAAGAGAAAAACCAUUUAUCUGGUGAAAUACUAUGUGAAAUGCAGACCGAAGAAUUAGCUGGGAAUUCUCAGACACUAAAAGAACCUGAAACAGUGGGAGCCCAAAGCGUAUGAGAGGUCUUCAGAAGCUCAUCUAACUCGCUUUACAUAGUCAAUGCAUAUAUGAACUUGGCACUAAAUAAACAUCUGUUUUGAUCUGUAUAAAGAUGUAAAUUAGUUUGACACUGCAUUCUUGAUAGGUGUGCUAAUUUCUGCCCGUGGCAGUUUAAAACAUCAGAAACUGAAUUCUGGACAGAUUCCAGCCUUGAUACACUCUGGGGUUUUCUUCUUUCUUUCCUUUUUUUAAAAAUUUUUCUGUCGAUUUUUUUUUCCCCUUCCUUUGUGAUGUUUGGUAUCGUUAAAUUUAAGAUGUAGUUUUAAAUAAAGUUUGGACUUCUCUGUAAAGUACUUUUUUUGGAAAUUAUGUUGAAUUCUAUACAGUAAGUCACCCUUCUAUAUGAUUCGGAUAUUCAGAGAAGAGCAAGAGUUAGAGAAAUACAGAAUUUAGUAAGACCAGCCAUUAGACCAGGCUUCCAAAUAGUGUCAGUGUUGCUGCUGCUGGGUCUAGACACCUGCAUGUCUUAUUCUUGUGCAAGAACAGGCAAGUUAUAAAGGUAUCCAGGACAUUGGUGAAGUUAUAGCAUAUAAAUAUUCUGUUCAAAUUGGAUGUUUAGAACACAUGUCCUUAUCAGAUAAGUAUUUUCCAGAAUUCAGUUCCUAUCUAUGUUGCCACGGUCUUUAAAAAAAAAAAAAAAAAAAAAAAAGUUAUAUAAUUAGGGAGUAUUUCUGCACAAACAAGUAACACUGUGAUAAAUUUUACAUGAAGAACCAAACCCUCUCAAGUAGGGAUUUACAGAACUAAGUUUUAUGUACCAGAAUGUUAAGGCUCUAUAUGUCUUCAGACAAGCUUGCCUUUUGAGAUGGUAAUUUUAAGACCAAAGCAUAGCAGUUGAUUAUGUGUGUGGUGAGAGAGAAGCAGAUUUGCAAAUGAAGUACUAAGCAAUGAAUAUGUAUGGAAUUUCUUCAUCACCAAGUAACUCAGUUUUUCAAAAGUGAAUUAUCUUUAGAUUUGCAAACUUGCAAUAUACCCAACUAAGGCUUCACAGCCAGUUAACAAUUCAGUCAUAUAGGUUUUUUGUUGAAUAAAAUAUGAAGAAUUAGUUUCAGUUAGUGGUCUUUAAAAUUUAUUAACAAUUUACUGAAAUACCCAAAGAAUUUGGUUGGUAUUCCUUCAAAAUUUUUAUUUGCUGUAUACUUCAGUGUAAAAUUAUAAUGCCCAGUCAGGGAGUGUUAAAUGAGGAUUUCCCUUUAAGGACAUUUACUAUAUUGCUAAUUAUGUGAAGUAUAGCUCUCCCAACAUUAAUUUAAAAACCUAUUCAGAUAACCAUUCAGAAUCAGGAAUUCUUACCCAGUUUGACUCCUGGGAAGCUGAAACAAAUUAGAUUAUAUGUAUACUUAAGUUUCUAUACAUGUAUGUUUUCUAGACUCUGAACAAAAAGGGGAGAAUUUCAUGUUGACAUUCAAACCAAGCCUUACGCAUAUUAUGGCUGUGUCUCUCUACCUGCAGAUUAAAGUGCGAUCCAGUGGAAGACCAGUCCUAUCGGAGUUAUUUUCCUAGCACCUGUGACUUGUGUUACAGUUGCUGUCAUCUUCUCUUUUUUAUUUUAGAAGAUAAUUCAGUUUUAAAAUCUCUGGGGCUGAAGAUCAGAUAACUUGUUUGACCCUUUCCUUAGUAAUUGUUGCUCAAAGUUUAGGCAAUAAAUAUUCCUAUUCGUUAAUGUUUAGGUUGAAAAUCUGGUUAUAGAUAAAAGAGGAAGAAAAGGUGAAAAUGAGAGAACCUUAUGCAGGUUGAGAGAAUGCUUAAAAUAGCUCACCAGACUGUGCAGGUACUCUUUGUAUUUUGUAACAUUCACUUUGCAUAGCUGCUUUUUCACUGUUAAUAAAUGUAUAUCCUCCAUACAA